AUGGGUGCUCAUGGACUUUUGGAGCCGGACCGAGUGCACAGCCACAGGAUUGGCGACGGCUUUGGCACCAGUGGAGUUGAGUCCAGCUUGGGUCCUUCAAUCUCUUGGUCCAGCUAUUUGAGAGGGGCUCUUGCACACAGCUUAGUUUGGGGCAGUUUGCAAGUUGGUGCCCUCAGUCCAUUCAUCACUUUGGCCUUGUAUCAUCUACAAGGACCUGGCACCGCUGUGUUUUUCCUUUCUAUGGCCGUGCUGAGCGUUUUGGUUCCUUUCAGUCACUCUCCAUCCUUCUGCCGCUUCUACUUGGGAAGCGCAGCAUGCGUGGGUGGAUCUACUGUUUGGGUACCGGAGAAGAUCCUCCAACGUCUUCAAGCUGGAGGAUACUUGGUUUGCUUUCACCCGCAUGGGAUUCUGCCGUUGGGAUUCAGCUUCAACGGGGCCUUGAGGGUUAAAGCUGAAGAGCCAACCCAGUUCCUCCCGGAGUCGUUCAACUUCCCAAAGGACUGCAAUGGUGUACAAGCUCCAGUUCUUUGGCGUGUACCCUUCUUUGCUCCAGCUCUCCGGAUGUGGGAUGCGUGCACACCUGCCACCAAAAGCAAUAUGAAGAAGCUAUUAGCAGCAAAGACGGCUUUUGGAAUUAUUCCGGGUGGAAGCGAGGAUGUAGCAAUCCACGAGCAUGGCAAGGAGAAUGUCUACAUCAAUUCUCGUUAUGGUUUCAUAAAAUAUGCUCUCCAGCAUGGAUACUGUUUGAUCUUGGCCUACACUUUUGGUGAAAACGAUCAAUAUUACAGCCUGUCAUGCCUAAGACCGUUGAAUCUAUGGCUGGUGAAGCGUUUCGGCUUUGUGCUACCACUCUUCUGGGGCAAGAACUUUUGCCCACUGCUGCCCAGAGGUGGCGGUUUGAACACCGUCUAUGGCAGAGUGCCAGCCUCGGCAGAGAACCAUUUGCGGAUUUGCGAUAUUUGCGAGUUUGUCAUUGACCUACCAGUGAUCCAAGAUCCUACAUCGGAAGACCUGGUCAAAUGGCAUGCGAUCUACGUUGAAGAGCUCAAGGCGAUGUUUGAUCAGUACAAAGGUCAAUUCGGAUUUGGUGACAGAGCAGGCUUGGUGGUGGAAUCUACCAGCAAGACGAUGCGCUGUGGGGAUGAGGUCUUCGGUGUGGCAGAAGGCAGCUUGCAGCCGCUUGCCUGGGAAGCAAAAGCUUGUUGCCGAAGGAACACUUGGAUGUGCAUUAGAAUAGGGAGACCCCCAAAGACCCCCUGA